AACUUCACAAAACCAUUUCAAAAAGUAAACAAGAAUAUGCUGAUAGUAUUCCCCUUCCUAAUUAACCCCACCUUCCCCCAGACCCCUAACAAUAAUAAAAUUUGAAAAGGAGUCCUCUAUAAAAGGUGAGAAUGGCUGUCUAAUUUAAGGGUUCAAGUUUUGUCUCAAAGCGUGAGAGAAGUAAUUGCUUACUCUCACUCUCACUCCUUUCCUUCCUCCAUUUUUUCCAUUUCAAUUCUCUGUUCAAUUGCCCAAAUUUGUAAACACGCCACUUUUUUCACCAUUUUACUCUCCAAUUUCCCUCGUUUUUCCACAUUUUUUCAAUCGCAUCUUUCAUAUUUUCAAUUUUUGAGUUCCCUCCCAAACUUCUGCUAAAUUUUCUCCAUAUUUUUUGUUUUGUGUGUUUUGAUUAUAAUCGUCCAUGGAGUUUUUAUCUGUGAAUUUAUGGCGACGACUUCAGAGUUUAGCGAAGUACCUGCGAUUUGUUGAGCUUUGUAUUUUAGUUUGUUUUCUUUCAUGGCUAUUAACUCAUCUUCCUUUUGCAGUCAAAAUUUCCGGUGAAUAUUUUCGAAAACUUUUAUCACUUAUUUUAUGUCCAAUCUCAAUUUUUCUCCUCGGAAACGCUAUUAUUGUUACUCUUUUAGCAAAAUCGGGUUCAUUUUCUUCUGAAUCGUCGUCGGCGAUAGAUAAUGUUGUCGCAGAACUGAUUGACGAUUUUCGAUCUGAAAAUCUUGAAGAAUUUACUGCUUUACUCAAGGAAGAGAUUGUGUUUCAGGAUAAAGAGAUUAUUAGCGAAGAAAACCUGACGGUUCCUAAUAAGAUAGAAGUUGUUGAUGAAAUUUUUUUUCCAGAAGAUUCAACAAUGGAGGUAAAAACGAGUUACAGACGCACUCAAUCAGAGAAAAUAAGGAGAAAAUGUACAAUGGAAGAUGACAAAAAGGGGAAGCUCCGGCGAUCGGAUACAGAAACUUUUCGUAAAACCAUGGUUGAAGACAAAGAUUCAUCAAUGGCGGAAGAUGGAAUGAACGAUGAAGAGUUUAACAGAGCGAUUGAAGCGUUUAUAGCGAAGCAGGUGAAAUUUCAUCGUAAAGAGCGGCUUUCUGUCGUUCUCCAUGGACAAGCCUAGAAUAGAGAGUAAACAAAGCAUAAAGUGAUUUUCCCCAAAUUAAAAAAUGAAAAAAAAAAAAA